AUGUUUACAGAUUAUGAAGAAAGAAUUGUAAUUCAUGAACCUAAAGAAAAAUCUAUUACAGUUGAAAAUAAAUAUAAUUUAAGAAAUGCAAAAACUUUAAUAGAGAAAUUAAAUAAAUUAUGUAAACAAUCAUUGUGUUCAAAAACUAAAUUUUUAUUUCAAGAUUAUUUAAUAGAAAUUGAAAAUGGUGAAAAAAGUCAUUAUAUGCAAUGUAGAGAAUUAUUUCAAUCAUUGAACCCACCAGAAAGAUUACUUGAUUUAUCAUUUAAAUCUGAUUUUAUUAAAUCACCAUCAGUUGAAAGUAAAUUAUUUUCAAAAAUUAAAUCACAAAAUGAGAGUAUUAUAAAUUUAAUUGAUAGUAUUUAUAGUGAAAAAGUAAAAGAAUCAUUUUUACAAUUAAUAGAUGAUUGUAAAGUUUAUAUUGAAGAAUUAGUAAAUAAUGUUUUAGAAUGCAUAAAGGGUGGUAAAGAAAUUGAUCAAGAUAUUUUUAAACCAACUGGUACAAUUAUUAUUGAAUCAAAUGGAUGGGAACAAGAUAUAUCAUUAAAUGAUGCAUAUAAAAUAUCUUGUUAUGAUCCAGAUGAAUAUUGUUUUUUAGCUUUUUUCCCUUCAAUUUUAAUUCACAAUGGUGAAAUUUCAUUGCCAGUUGAAAAUGAUAUUUUUCUUUUAGAUCAUAUGUUUGAAUUUGUUGAUCAUAAAAUAGUUGAACAAUUUGUUAAAAUAGAUAUCGAUGAUUUUAUGGUAGAUUGGCUAAAUCAUUUACAAAAGUAUCAUGAUUCAUCCAUUAGUUUAAUGAAAUCAAUAAAAGAAAAGAAAUUUGAUAAUAAUGAUACCGUUGUUGGAGUUCCAUUUUCACCUGGUCAAAUUGAGAAUGUUUAUUCAAAAUUAAUAAGAUUAAAAAGUUUAUUUAUAAGCAAUGGUGAUAAUAAAAUAACUCAUUUAGACGUUUUUCAAUAUUUAGAACCAUAUGUAACAAUCAAAUAUAAACCAUUUCUAUUGGAUGAAUCAAUGUCAAUAUAUGAAAAAUAUUUAAAUUACUCUAAAACAAUAUUUUUUGAUCUUUCAUUGUUUCAUCAAUUAGAAGUUGGAGGUGCACAAACAACUGAUAAGUUUUUAAAAGUUUUAUAUAGUGGUGAAUAUGGUCCAAAACAAGCAUUUGAAGAAUAUUAUAAAAUUAAAGCUCAAAAUAUUAAAUUUGCAAAAUCAAUUAAAGAUAUAAAUAUUCUUCACAAUUAG